UCUUCGUGGGACAAAUGUGCCCCCAAGAAUUACAGCUGAAAGGAAAAGGAGAGCAAAACAAGAGUGUGUGGACAAGGAAACAGCAAGCAGGGAACACUUGGCCCAACAGGACACAUGGCGCCACCCGCCGCUCUGCUCCUGUCCAGCCAUUCCUCACCUUCGCCGUCCUACCGUCUCCCCGGCCGCCCGCCCGUACUGCUCUCUGUGCCGCCUCGCCCACACAUUCGCGACAACAGGUGUUCUUCCUCCUCCCCCCCUCGCCUUCGCCAUGCCAGACCGCUUGGAGCGGCCGCGGUGGUGGCCAUCGCGCCCGGCGACCACUGGGGCAACUGGGCCUUCCUCCUCUCCGCCGCCGCCUUCGGCACAUGGUCCGAGGAGAGGACGUCGUGGGGCGCGGCGCUGAGCGGCGCGCUGGUGAGCAUCAUGGCCGGGCUGGCCGCGACGGCGGCCGGGCUGGUGACCCCCGGCGCGCCGGCGCACGACGCCGUCAUGGAGUACCUGCUCCCCGCCUCCGUGCCGCUGCUGCUCCUCGGCGCUGACCUCCGCCGCGUCGUCCGCACCACCGGCGACCUCCUCAAGGCCUUCUUGAUCGGAUCAGUUGCUACUGUAAUCGGCACAACGGUGGCCUAUCUUUUGGUUCCGAUGAGGUCACUCGGCCAAGAUAGCUGGAAGAUUGCAGCUGCACUCAUGGGCAGCUACACUGGUGGAGCGGUGAACUACGUGGCCAUCUCGGAAGCUCUCGGCCUUUCACCGUCGGUUCUCGCUGCCGGUGUGGCCGCAGACAACCUCAUCUCGGCGCUCUACUUCAUGACCCUCUUCUCACUGGCAUCGAAGAUACCAGCAGAAGCUAAAACUUCUGAAGAUGCCAAGAAGGACGGCGAGUCUGAGGGCGGCGGUCGGCUGUCGGUGCUGCACGGCGGAACGGCCAUCGCGCUGUCGUUCCUCAUCUGCAAGGCCGGGUCGGCCAUCGCCGACCGGCUGGGCUUCCAGGGUGGCACCCUGCCCUGCGUCACGGCGCUGGUGGUGUUCCUGGCGACGGCGUUCCCGGGGUACCUCGGCAGGCUGGCGCCAGCCGGCGAGACCAUGGCCCUGAUCCUGAUGCAGGUGUUCUUCACCGUCGUAGGGGCCAACGGCAACGUCGUGGACGCGGUGACCAAGGCGCCGAGCGUGUUCGCGUUCGCGCUGGUGCAGGUGACCGUCCACCUCGCCGUGGUGCUCGGGAUCGGCAAGCUCGUGGGGCUGGAGAGGAAGUCCCUGCUCAUUGCCUCCAACGCCAACGUCGGCGGGCCGACCACGGCCGCAGCCAUGGCCACGGCCAAGGGGUGGAGCUCGCUGAUCGUGCCGGGGAUCCUCGUCGGCAUCUUUGGGAUCUCCAUUGCCACGUUUCUUGGCAUCGGCUUUGGCAUGUUCGUCCUGAGAAGAAUUUGCGGCUUCUACUAAUUGUUGGUCGAUGUAUCUCACACUUGUUAGGUCUAUAGAAUUCACGCCACCAUACAAGUAUGCAAUGCGUGAAGGGGAUAUUAACCAAGAAAAGCCUGUCCUGGAAUUUGUUUCUGGCAAUUAUUGGCCAUCUUAUGGAAGAGAUGAUAUAUGGAGAUUA